AUGUCACAUUCAGCCUGUCUCGCCUCUCAGGGCAUCUUUCGUCUCCUUCUAUUGCGCGUAUAUCACACUGUCUCACUUUAUGGCGCGUUUCGCUCUUUUUCAUCUAAACUUACUGAGCGUCUUUCUUCCCGUCUCGCUCUUUUGUUCGCAUUUCAUCCCGUGUUGCUUUUUGACAGCUCUUUCGUGAUGUCUCGUUUUAUUGCGCGUCUUUCAUCGAGUCUCUGUUUAUUUCGCGUGUUGGAUCACGUCUCGCUCUUCGGCGCGUCUUUUAUCUCAUCUCGAUCUAUUGUAUGUCUGUCAUACCAUUUCACACUUUUACUCAUCCAGUUUCUCUCUCUCUCUCUCUCUCUCUCACUCUCUCUCUCUCUCUCUCUCUCUCUCUUUCUGUGUGUGUGUAUGUAUGUAUAUAUCUCGAUCUUUCUAUUUCAUUGUCUAUGUCUCUCUAUUUUUCUGUCUGUAUAUUACGGUCUCUCUCUUUGUUUGUCUCAUUAUCCCUUUCUCUCUCUCUUUCUUUCUUUUUUGCAUUAUGUCUAUGUAACUCGAUCUCUUUCUUUAUUUGACGUCUGUCUGUCUCGGUAUCUAUUCUUUUCUUUCUUUCUUUCUUUCUUUCUUUCUUUCUUUCUUUCUUUCUUUCUUUCUUAUUUUGUAACCACGUCUCUUUCUUUUUGUGCGUCUGUCUGUCUGUCUGUCUGUCUCAAUCUCUCCUUUCUUUCUUUCUUUCUUUCUUUCUUUCUUUCUUUCUUUCUUUCUUUCUUUGUAAACCGGUGUCUUUUUUUUCUUAGCGUCUGUCUGUCUCGGUAUCUAUUCUUUUCUUUCUUUCUUUCUUUCUUUCUUUCUUUCUUUCUUUCUUUCUUUCUUAUUUUGGAACCACGUCUCUUGCUUUUUGUGCGUCUCGAACUGUCUCGGUCUCUUUCUUUUUUCUUUCUUUCUUUCUUUCUUUCUUAUUUUGGAACCACGUCUCUUGCUUUUUGUGCGUCUGUCUGUCUGUCUGUCUCGGUAUCUCUCCCUUUCUUUCUUUCUUUCUUUCUUUCUUAUUUUGUAGCCACAUCUCUUUCUUUCUGUGCGUCUGUCAGUCUGUCUCGGUAUCUCUUCCUUCCCUCCUUUCUUUCUUUCUUUCUUUUUUUCUUUCUUUCUUUACCAGUCUCCCCCUUUCUGUCUGUCUGGGUCUCUCUCUCUCUCUACUUUCUCUCUCUAUCUUUCUCUAUUUGUCUCUUUCUGUCUGUCUGUCUGUCUGGGUUUCUCUCUACCUCUCUCUCUGUUCCUGUCGGUCUCUCUCUCUCUCUCUCUCUCUUAUAUCUGGAUCUAUCCUUCUUUCCUAUUCAACGUUUGCAGCGAGUCAAUUCUUUCUUUCUUUGUUUGUCACUCUCUCCUGCUUCUUUCUUUCUUUCUUUCUUUAUUUCUUUCUUUUCUCAUUGUUUUUCCUUUCGUCUUUAUCUUUCUUUUUUCUCCUUUUCUUUCUUUUGCAUUUUCAUCAAUUGUCUUGUCUCGUAUUCUCCGCUAAAAUUAUAUUGUUCUUCAAUAAACUGCUCUCAAUAA